UAGGAGCCAAAACCGCCCACAUUCAACAGUACACCGCACCCAUCCUCUCCACUCUGCUCUCACGGUGGACUAUCUCUUGCAAGGUGCGCGGCCAGGAGGGGUCCCCUCGCGCUCCCAACUGUCCUUUACGCAAGCCAACUGCCAUUAUUCGGACUGGCAUCCAGGACAUGAAGCCAUGUUGUGCCUUCUGCUGCUUCUCAUCGGGCUCAUCGGGCUCCAGACAGACAAUAAUUCUGAAAGACUACGUGUGCAAAUUACAAUACCGGAGAAAAUACGGUCAACAUUAAGUGGAGGAAUUGAAUCCCAUGUGUCCUACAACAUUGUAAUUGAAGGGAAAACAUACACCGUGAACCUAAUGCAAAAGGCUUUUUUACCUCAUAAUUUUAGAGUUUAUGGUUAUAAUGGCACAGGAAGUAUGAAGCCUCUUGAACAACAGUUUCAGAAUUUUUGCUACUACCGAGGGUUUAUUGAAGGUUAUCCAAAUUCUAUGGUGACCAUUAGCACAUGUGCUGGACUCAGGGGUUUACUACAGUUUGAAAAUGUGAGUUAUGGGAUUGAGCCCUUGGAGCCUUCAAUAGGUUUUGAACAUGUGAUUUAUGAAGUAAAACAUAAGCAUAAAGGUGUUUCUUUAUAUGCUGAGAAGGGUAUUGAAUCAAGAGAAAUGCCCUAUAAAAUACAAAGUAUAGAGCCACUCUCAGAGUUCUCUCAGUAUAUAGAAAUGCAUGUUGUAGUUGAAAAAAAUUUGUACAAUCAUAUGGGUUCUGAUACUAUUGUUGUCACUCAAAAAAUCUUCCAGUUGAUUGGACUGACCAAUGCUAUUUUUACAUCAUUUAAUAUUACAAUAAUUCUCUCUUCAUUGGAACUUUGGAUAGAUGAAAAUAAAAUCCCAGUAACUGGAGAUGCUAAUGAAUUAUUACACAGAUUUUUAAAGUGGAAAAGAUCUUAUCUUGUUUUGCGUCCACAUGAUGUGGCAUUUUUACUUGUUUACAGAGAAAAACCAAAUUAUGUUGGUGCAACCUUUCAAGGGAAGAUGUGUGAUAACCAGUAUGGAGGCAGUGUUGCUCUGCAUCCCAGAGCCAUAAGUCUGGAAUCACUUGCAGUUAUUAUAGCUCAAUUACUGAGCCUUAGUAUGGGAAUAGCUUAUGAUGACAUUAACAAAUGCCAGUGCUUAGGAGCUGUCUGCAUAAUGAACCCAGAAGCAAUUGGUGUGAAGAUCUUUAGUAACUGCAGCAUGGAGGAUUUUGCAAAUUUUAUUUCAAAGCCAAAGUCUCAAUGUCUUCAAAAUCAGCCACGCUUAGACCCAUCAUACAAAUCUGUGGUUUGUGGUAAUGGACAAGUGGAACAAGGAGAACAGUGUGACUGUGGGAGUGCAGAGGAUUGUGCUGCUAACUUAAACUCAUGUUGUGAUCAUACCACAUGUACAUUAAUAGUUGGUUCAACUUGUGAUAUGGGUGAAUGCUGUAAAAAUUGUCAAUAUUUGGCAAAAGGAGAAAUAUGUAGACCUUCCUCUGAUGAAUGUGAUCUCCCUGAAUAUUGCAAUGGAUCAUCUGCAACAUGUCAAGAUAACUUUUUUAUUCAGAAUGGGCAUCCAUGUGGAGAGAAUCAAUGGCUUUGUCUGAAUGGAAGUUGUAUAAGUGGGAUAAAACAGUGUGUGGAUUUAUUUGGUGAAGGUGCAGAUUUUGGUCCUGAAGAGUGUUAUGCUCACCUUAAUUCUAAGACCGAUCAAUCUGGGAACUGUGGUUCAGGUCCUUCAGGAUACAUACAGUGUAAAACUAAGGAUCUGCAGUGUGGAAAAUUAAUAUGUGAAUAUAAAAAAGAAGAAAUAAUUAAUAUUCCAAAUGCCACUGCUGUUUAUGCCAACAUAAAUGGACACAUCUGCAUUGCAUUGGAUUUUCCACAUGAUUUUAUAAUUAGCAAAAAGAUGUGGGUAAAAGAAGGAACUGUUUGUGGUAAUAAUAAGGUUUGCAAGAAUAAAGAAUGUGUAGAUGCUGGAUAUUUGAAUUAUGAUUGUACUCCAGGAAAAUGCAAUGAACGUGGUGUAUGCAAUAAUAAAAAGAACUGUCACUGUAACCCUUCAUAUUUGCCUCCUAAUUGUGAAACUAGUGAUGAUGCAUGGACUGGUGGGAGUGUUGACAGUGGAAAUUUUCCGCCUCAAGUAGCUGCUGGCCUUGACAGUUCUGAAAGAUGCUACAUUGAAAAUGCUUAUCAUUCCAAACCUACAAGAUGGCCAUUUUUCCUACUCAUUCCUUUUUUCAUUAUUCUCUGUUUACUGAUUGCCGCACUGGUAAAAGUUUAUUUCCAAAGAAACAAAUGGAGAACUGAGGAGUAUACAAGCGAUGAGCAACUUGAAAGUGAGAGUGAACCUAGGGAGUAGCCAGGAAAACAAUCCAUCAUAUCACA